GGUCCAGCGGCUGCCGCCAGUGCACCCAACUUCACAAGCGGCGGUUCCGGCCGCGGCAGCGUCGACCACGUCAAGCGUCCCAUGAACGCGUUCAUGGUUUGGUCGCGGGGCCAGCGCCGCAAGAUGGCCAUCGAGAACCCCAAGAUGCACAACUCGGAGAUCUCCAAGCGCCUGGGCGCCGAGUGGAAGCUGCUCACGGAGUCCGAGAAGCGCCCCUUCAUCGACGAAGCCAAGCGCCUGCGGGCCUUGCACAUGAAGGAGCAUCCCGACUACAAGUACCGGCCGCGACGCAAGCCCAAGCCGGUCCCGUCUGGCAGCCCCGGCGCUGGUGCAACCGCGACGUCGACGAGCCCUGCGACGGCGGCUGCGGUGGUGGCGAAACCGAUGGCAUCGAUGGCUACCGAACGACCCUUCUUCGGUUUCGAGUCUCCCUUCAGCCGCCUGGAGAGCGAGAAGGCAGCCACGGUGCACCCGGCCCUGCCGGUUGCAGCCAUGCCACCCGUCUCCGCGUCCCAGCACUGGCUAAGCUCGAGCUUGGCCAAGCUCAGAGGCGAACCUUCGCCGUUGUACUACAAGAGCGAGCUGGCGUCGCAUUCGCCCCUGUUCGCCUCGCAGUCUCCUCCCGUGGCGGCGGGCAACUUCCUAUGCCCGCUUCCUCCUCCGGGGCAGAGCGGCUUCAUGCCUUGCCCGUGCCCAUCGUACUACUCGCCAGCGGCUCUUCACCUCCUUCCGUGCUUCCUUCUCAAGCCUCACGAAGGAAUGCAUGGACUCACCAGGCCCCACACGGUCCUGGCCACGUCGCCCAUGGCUUGAGCUACAAAGAAAGCCGGCGGUUUGUGAUUGUGUACAUUCUUGGACUUGCAGACUUUGUCAGUGCCAAGCUUGAAGCUACGAUGAAAAACAUUUUUUUUUUUUUUUCGGGUGAGCCGAAUAUUCGUUCCUCUAUCAGCGUCUCCAGGGGCACGGCCGAACCAAACGCAAGCUUCGAGGAGAUGCCGAAAGACUUGUCAAAAGUAUGUGUGUAGUUCAUUGCCAUUUACGAACUGACUCAUCGGUGACGUUAUGUACAUAUUAGUUUUUCUCGCGAUGCGAUGAUCGUGGCUACUCUUGUAAAUACGGUAGUCAGAACGCGUGUUAUAUUUUGUGUACUGCCCGCCAUAGACGGUGGAGGAAAGGACUGAUCAAUACACGGUCGGGAUGCUUUCUAGUCCAGCACACUGCACGUGAGGGUGCUCAAGAAUAGAGGAGCGACGAAAUCGCCAUCAGCAUACGACAAGACGAGCUUUCUGAAAGAAGCAAAAUAUUCCUCCGCGGGAAGCGAUGCGAAAUAAGCCAGAUAUGCAAGAAGAAUAAGAGUAUGGGGUGAAAAAAUUAAGAAGACAAGUUCAAGGAAUAAUAGGCCAGCUGGAGAAAAAAAAAAAGCCGCCGUGGUCAAGCACAAAAGCAACCAUUCACCGACAAAGAGAGAACAAGAGCAAUUGACUCUUUGUAUAUGCGGAAGGUGAAGCGGCCACAAAAGACCGAGAGCUUGAAGAGAAGAGUGGGGCGCUACGACGAGGCCUCGGCUUUUCAAGAAAUUACCGCAUUCAUCAGGUCACCUGUCAGCGCGCCAUUCAAGGCGCAGCGCAUUUUCGCUGCCAAGCGCCCUCUCACACGCAGCCAACAUGAGCGACUGCUAUGAGGGGAAGAAGAAGA